AUUCCUCUCUUCAGCUUCUUCUCUCCCACCCCCGUUGCCUCCACCGCCGCCGCCCCGCCGUCGCCGCCGUCUCUGCUAACGUGGGACGUGUCAUUUUCUAUCUCAAUUCUCAGCCACUCCGUGUUUAAUAGCCGGUAAUUAGUUAGCUUCUUUCCAAAUUCUCGGCAACGUUGGCAACAAAAAAAAAAAAUUCUGUGUUUCCAUUUUCGUAAUUGUUGUCCGCCGCAUGUUAAGUUAGCACCUGGUUGAACCACCGCGCCGCCGCCGUCCUUUAUUAGCUCCAGGUUUAUCGAAUCGAUGGCUCUUUCGAGCAAUAGUAAUAAUAGCAGUAUCGGCAUUGCAUGGAGAGCAGAGGAAGCCAUUGCAGGCAACUCUGAAGCUUUACAAGCUCUUAGGGAGCUCAUAUCUUACCCUAUACUCUACGCCCGCGAGUCCAAAAUACUCGGCCUCAAAUGGCCUCGUGGUUUGCUUCUCUACGGUCCACCGGGAACCGGGAAGACAAGCUUGGUUCGGGCAGUUGUUCGCGAAUGUGAUGCGCAUUUGAGUGUUAUUAGUCCUCAUUCUGUUCACAAAUCGCAUGCAGGAGAAAGCGAGAAAAUUUUGCGCGAGGCUUUUGCUGAAGCAGCAAAUCACGCAAGAUUGGGCAAACCUUCAGUUAUCUUUAUCGAUGAAAUUGACGCUCUCUGUCCUCGUCGAGACUCGAGGAGGGAACAAGAAGUUCGUGUAGCUUCUCAGCUCUUCUUGCUGAUGGACUCGAGCAAAUACUCGUCUGCACUUGGAUCACAUGUCGUGGUGGUUGCAUCAACUAAUAGAGUGGAUGCAAUUGAUCCAGCAUUAAGACGUUCAGGGCGUUUUGAUAGCGAGGUUGAAGUGUCGACGCCCAAUGAACACGAACGCUUUCAAAUACUCAAGCUUUACACAAAGAAGCUUCCGUUGGAUCCAAACGUCGACCUGCAAAGUAUAGUUGCAUCUUGCAAUGGUUACGUGGGUGCAGAUUUAGAAGCUUUAUGCCGUGAGGCUGCCACGUCAGCAAUGAAAAGAUGUAACGCACAUCAAGAUAUUAAUAAAUGCGUUGUAAAAAUGGAUGACUGGACACUCGCAAGAUCUGUGGUGGGUCCCAGUAUAACAAGAGGAGUUACUAUGGACAUUCCUAAGGUCUCUUGGGAAGAUAUCGGAGGAUUGAAAGAAGUGAAGAAAAAGCUUAAGCAAGCAGUCGAGUGGCCUUUAAAACAUUCUUCGACGUUUUCGAGAUUAGGAGUAACGCCCAUACGUGGUAUUCUUCUUCAUGGGCCACCUGGUUGUUCGAAAACGACACUUGCGAAAGCUGCUGCUUGUGCUGCACAAGCUUCUUUUUUCUCUUUGAGUGGUGCAGAAUUAUACUCCAUGUACGUAGGUGAGGGUGAAGCUUUAUUGCGUAAUACAUUUCGAAAAGCUCGUCUUGCUGCUCCAAGCAUAAUAUUCUUUGACGAGGCUGAUGUCGUUGCUGCCAAAAGAGGAGGAAGCGCAAACGGAAGCACAACAGUUGGGGAAAGGCUUCUUUCUACGUUGCUGACUGAAAUGGAUGGCUUAGAGCAGGCUAAAGGAAUUCUUGUUUUGGCUGCCACAAAUCGUCCUUGCGCGAUUGAUGAUGCGCUUAUGCGUCCUGGACGCUUCGAUAUGGUGCUUUACGUACCACCACCAGAUUUAGAAGCCAGAUACGAAAUCCUUGAUGUUCACACACGGAAAAUGAAGGUGGAAAAAAAUAUAAAUCUGAAACAAUUAGCAAUAGAUACAGAACUCUUCACGGGAGCUGAGCUGGAGGGGCUAUGCAAAGAAGCAGGAAUAGCUGCUUUGAGAGAAGACAUGUCUGCAUCGUUUGUGUGUAAUAGACAUUUCCAGGCUGUAAUGAAAUCACUGAAGCCGGCACUUACUAAAGAAGAAAUCGACUCAUAUUCCUCGUUUCUGAGCAAUCCAUUUCCGAGGCUCACUACUACUACAUCCGAAUCGAGCUCUAGACCCGAAAGUAAAAAGCCUCGGAAAAAGAUUACUAGUGUAUUGUUUGCCGCGACUCCUAUUUCGAUUGCUUUAGGUGGCGUAAUUUUGUACAAUUUUCUCAAGGGUAUUUCUGUUAAUCUUGGUAGUGCCACUGCCACCAGAGAAGUAUCGAUGACAUGAUUUUUUUUUGUAAUUGGUGGUAUUCGACUUCAACAAGUAUCAGAGCUAAGCUUCGUGUUAUUUUAUUUUAGGGUACAUUACAACCA